CACCAUUAUCCUAAGGACUCUGCGCCAUGGAUAAGUACGCAUGCCUGCUCUCCUUUGUGGUGCUGCUGUUAUCUUUCGGCCACAGCACUAGGGCAGAGCCGAGGUCGCCGACAGGGUCGUGGCCGAAUGCUCCUUUUGGCUCAAUCGUAGCUGCGGCUCGGCUCUUACCAGUGGAUAAGAGCUUGGUGGUCCACGGAUCCGCGGCCGUCGUCUGGCCUCGUGAACGGGACGGACCCGGGUAUGUCACUAUCAACAUGACUGGCACGCUGAACCAGAUGACGAUGGCACACAUCCACUUGAACGCCACCGGCAAACCCAUUCGUCUGGAUCUGCUGCCCGUACUCAACGGCACCAGGCCCAUGCCGCUCAACCCGCCUCUGAGCUUCCGCGGCAUCGUCAGCUUCACUGCGCCGCUCACCUAUACGCGUGCGGCGGCUUGGGACCCCAACAACAGCGGCAUGGGCUUCCUCGAUGCGCUGCAGCAGGGCCUGCUGUACGUGAAUGUGCACUCUGUAGGUUUCCCAGCUGGGGCAGUGCAGGGCAAGCUGGUGUGCAAGGACCCCUGCAUGUUCCCCCUGUGUAGCGGCUCCUCUGGCCACCCUUGCUAGUAGCUCAUAAUGCGAAACGUUAGGGUUUCGUGCAUUGUUGAGCCAUGAAAUGCGGUAUAUGGAUUUAAUCAUGGCUAAUGCAGCUUUGUUUGCAGCGUGCUCCUGUCCUGCAGUAUGUGGCAUUCCAGUUCCUCAAUCCACGCCCUGUGUGUUUAUUCGCUGCUUUCGUAGCACGCAUGCGGAUUGUAGGAAGCGACUGGUUGUAGGGCCAACAGCAGCAGGGCCCUCAGUUGGGAAGGAGAAAUGCAGGCACGUUCCAGUACAGUGAGGAUGAAUAUAGCAGCCAUGCUGGCUGUACCGGCUUGCAUCGCCGGACGCUGGCUUGCGGUAGCUAUCCACGGUGGAAGGAAAAGAUUAUUUGUAGUGUACACAGCUCGUGUCGUGCGCAACAGAAGUUAUGCAGUUAUAAGCCUGUGGUGACACUAGCUACAUGUUAUUGCGAUUUACGUGUGUGUGGUAAUAUUAUUGUUGCACCAUUUGAAGCAAUCUCUGCUAAACUAUGUUGCGUGCGGAGACAUGUGCACGAGAGUAAGGAGAUUUCUGGUUCUGGUAUACUUAAGACUUGGGGAAGAUCGCGAUCGCACGCCCCUUUUGUCCAAGUUUAGUAUGUUGUGGUGAGGGCGCUCCAUGCCUGCGCCAGCCAGCUCUCCUCCAUCCCCGUGGCUCUGGAAAACUGCAAACUGUAAUGUUUGUCCGUAUAUGGGGAUAUUGCUCCAUGCAGCUGCCAAAACUCUUGCUGCACGUCCUAUGUACACCUUGAAACUCUUUAGUGAGAUUUGUUAACGGCCGAUAAGCCGACCGAACCCCCGUACUUCCGAGCGAUUUCUCUUCUCACGGAGGCGGAUCGGUGAUCCUCAAUUCGAGGAAUGACGAACAGUUACGUGCACGGACCGGUAGCACAGCGGGGUGAGGAGGAAAUGGUUCCCUCCUUUCCAAGCGGCCGACCAUCCGAGAUGACACCAUGGGCUGAAAGCGCUCCAUAAAACAAGUUUUAAAGUUCAUUACCAGC